AUGGCUUCUAAUUCGAUUGUCAGAUGGGGCAUGGCGAUCUCGGCCGGUGUCGCCGGCGUGGCUCUGGCCGUUGUCCGUCUCCAGCAGCCAAUCUUUAGCAACAACACUGAGACGACUUAUUGCUACCAAGGCGUUAGAACACAUGAUGAAGCCCAGCCAGCCGCUCAAUGCUUCACGGUGGUGGACGGAAAGUUCACUCGCGUCUUUCCCUGGGAAGAUGCCAGCUUAACCACAAAUGUCGGCUACGUUAUCCCCGGCUUGUGGGACGGUCACGGCCAUCUAAUUCAAUACGGAGAGUUCCUUCACUCGGCCGACUUGUUCGGUGCUAGCACCCUGGACGACGUGAGGGGACGUCUGCGAGACUAUGUCGAAAGCCAUCCCGAUGCUGGUACGAAAGACGAAUGGAUCCGAGGAAUUGGAUGGGAUCAGAAUGCGUACGGCAAGAUGCCUACUGCCGCGGACAUCGAAGAAGACGAACUUCUGAAGGGCAAGUACUUCAUGCUCGACAGGAUUGAUGUCCAUUGCGCUUGGGUUUCGCAAGCUGUUCUAGAUCUCUUGCCUGCAGACAUUCCCGACGUCCCAGGGGGCGAAAUUGUCAGGGAGCCCGGCAUGGGCGUCUUCUGUGACAAUGCCAUGGACUUGGUCACAAAUCUGUGGCCGAAGCCUGGUCCCGAGAAGAAGCGCGCUUUCGUAUCUGCCGCCAUGGCGAAGCUGAACGAGGUUGGCUUGGUCGGCAUGCACGAUGCUGGCGUCUUCCCCGAUCAACUUGACUUAUAUGCGGACAUGGCGCAGACAGAGGACUGGACUGUUCGAGUCUACGCCAUGUUAGAGUGCGCUCAGCGAAACACGUUUUGCCCGGAUGAUGCUGCUCGUGUGCUCCGCGAGGAUGAUUGGUUCAGCGUCAAGUCUGUGAAGCUCUUUGCUGACGGUGCUCUUGGAAGUUGGGGAAGUGCCAUGAUCGAGCCCUACAGUGACCGCCCCGACACGUCUGGUUCACUCCUUGUCAACGGGUCUACACUGCUGCAACUCGGAAAAUCAUGGGCAUCUGUCGGCUACCAAGUAAAUAUCCACGCCAUCGGCGACCUUGCAAACCGUUUCGCCGUCGAUGCCCUGGAAGCUGGUCUCAAGGAAGCGUGCCCUGGUAAAGAUAUUUCAAAAUGCCAGUCCGAGCGGCGGUUCCGUAUCGAGCAUUCCCAGAUUAUCCAUGAAGAAGACCAAAAGAGAAUUCACGCCAUUGGCAUCAUCCCCUCCAUUCAACCGACGCACGCGACUUCCGACAUGAAGUACGCCGAGCUCCGCCUCGGCCCCGACCGCACCAAGAAAGAAGCCUACCGCAUGCGCUCUCUCCUCGACGUCAGCCCGAUUCUAGGCAGCGACUUCCCCGUGGAGCCGCCCAACCCGUUCCAGGGCAUAUACGCUGCCGUCACGCGGAAGAGUCCCCAUACAGGCAACGGCGCGAAUGGAGGCUCUGAGGGGUGGCAUACCGAAGAGGCGUUGAGCCUGGAGGAGGCGCUGCUUGGGUUUACCAAGGGACCCGCUUUCGGCGCUUUUAUGGACGGACGUGCAGGCGUUAUCAAGGAGGGCGCGCUUGCUGACUGGGUCGUUUUGGAUCAGCCGCUCGAGUCCAUGGAUAUUGACGACUUGCGGGAUCUCAAGGUGAAGGAGACUUGGGUUGGUGGAAAGCAGGUAUAUGAGCGUGUUGAUGUUUGA